CCGUUUACUUUAAACUAGCGCUAUUGUACUCUACCUAACCUCCAACCAUAUUGAUGUUACUACGUUACUGUAAUUUAAUGAAUGAAACUGUCGAAUUGUUUACGCUGCAAGGAUUGGGAUGCGUAUAUAUAAAACAGGUUGUUUUUACGUAGGAAAUCUCAGUGUUUUGCUAUAGUCGAUUCAAGUGAUACAAGUUAUAUGUUACAUUGAUGGAAUUUUAAGGAUUUUUAGACAAUAUUGAAGACAGUCAUUAAACUAUACGGAAGCUUGGAAAAUCAGAGAUAAGAAGAUAAGCGCAGACGAUAGCCAGGAUUAUUCUAGGAUAACGACAACAUCUGUCUCAGCUAUCUGCACGGUGUCUGUGGUUUAUUUCAAAAAGAAACCAUCGUGUCUGAUAAUGGAAGUUCUGAUAUAUCUAAUUAUAUUGUUUUCGUGUUGCGUAUGUGAUCGUUUGGAGUUACCUGCAUACGAAUAUCUUAGACGAUUUAGUGAACCAUUGCAUCUUGGCCAGUGUGCUCAUCGAAUCGUCCAGUAUCCAGAAGGCCCAUAUCCAGAAGAUUGCUCAUUUCCGAGUAGAAAAGGGAAGGAAGAGUUCAGAUAUAAGAAGGUUCAUUCACAACAGUUAAAACCUGUCCAUGAUGUCCAGCAAAUGAUGCAAUAUUUAAGAAUGUGUGACGUCAAGUCCGCCCAAUAUUUCGGUUUGCUUGCCAAAGGUGAUUGCGUGGCGACUGACAUAGCGGAACAGUUGUCAUUCAAACGGAAGACAGCAACAUGGAUAUACAAGGAGCAUCUUCGACCAAUGAUUUAUAGUUUGAAAGCUAACCCUGAUUUAAGCAUUCCUGACGAGUUUACUUUGUACCUUAACAACACGUACUACACGGAAAAUAUCAGUAUUGGGACAGAUGAGGUUAUCAUUGUACAGUUAUUGUUUAGAGGUAUUGACCAGGCGAAGAAAGCGUACUCUGGUCAGAAUAUAACAAACGUGAUGUCAGAGAAACUUCUUGAUAUAGCACAAACAGUUGGGUCACCAAGGAAACUAAAGGUCAUUCGACUGUCAACAUCCGGAGAGAUUUUUGAGUCCACUAAUUUCAAGAGCCAAUUCGCAAUCUUCGAGGCCAUCCAGCACGUUAAACAAGUCGAGAAACAGAUUUCUAGAAUACGACAUGAGCUACAAAAUGGAAUGAGGAGUCCUCAUCUUAAAUAUAUCUUCAAAGAUUACGAAAUUGGUCCAAUUGCUCUUCCAGUGAGUACAGUGACAAAAGAAGAAAGACAGAGAUUGUGGCAGGAAGUGGCGUUGUUACAAAUAGAGGUCAAGCGAACCUACUCUACAAACAGAAGAUACCGUAAAUUUUGUCUUACAAAAGUCAGCCAUCAAAAGUACUGUGUUCUAAUGAAACAAACACUGAAAGAACUCAAGCGUGCCAUCACCAUGAUUCAUACACAACGUCGUGAUUGGUCAAAAAUAAACUAUGAUCAACAAAAACAAUUUCUUAGCAAAGCCAAGCUAAAAGUGAAAGUUUUAAGGACAAGAACAAACAUGCUUGCCAAAAUAAUAAAAAAGCUGCUGAAAAACUGAAAGAUUGACGAAUAAAAACGUACGCAAUAGCUAUGAUAACUACUGCAUUUCACUUACGUGUUACGUCAUUUGCGCAUUACGUCACGUACGUAUUGCGUCACUAACGUGUUCAAAAUUAAUGAUGACGCAUGUCUGUCUUCAUUCACUAGAAUACAUUGUAAAUGGUUUCUGAAGCUAAGAUUGGAUUUGUACGGCUUGUUACUACAUUUAUUAACUAGCAGAGAACCAGUGACAACAUUCGGAGUUCCUUUCACUUCCGUUACUGAAGUGACAUGCGCAGUUGACGUUUACCUCACAAUGAUAACUGAUGACGUUUAAAACGCGCUUUAAAGUUAUUAAAUUGCUGUAAACGCAGCCAUAAACAAUGGCAAUUUGAGCUGCGUUUCAGUUAAUGGCAAUACAUGCAAAAAUAAAUGUUUGAACGUUAACAAUGGCGCUCUCAUUUAACUUAUAUCGACCAGUGUCUACCUUAAACUGACAAUAAACGGGUGAUAUGCAUUUCGCCUGUUGCAAGUGUUAGAUCGGAAAAUAGUUUCUACAGUGUGUAGAUUUAUACGUAGAUUGUGAUAAACAUCUUACUAGUUAGUGUUUUGAUGUCGAUAUACAAAUAAUUUUUUGGAAUUAUUUUUUAAUGGCGAUAACAUUGUUUUGAUGGCAAUGUACUGUUGACCUUCAAAUGAACAGUUUACAUUGUUUUGAUAACAAUGUAUUGUUUACCUUCAAUUGAACAGUUUACAUUGUUUUGAUGCCCUUGUACCUUUUAACCUUUAAAGUAAUGAACAGUUGUUUUGAUGGCUGUUUACUUUUUAAUGAUAAGUUUACAUUGUUUUGAUGGCAAUCUGCAGACUUCAUCAUUUUAUAGUUUAAAGAUUGUUUGAUGGCAAUCAAUGGUGUACCUUUAAUGAUUUGAAUGUGAUUUUUUUUAAAUAACUUUAUUUACUUUUUACCGUUAGAGGAAACUACUCCAUAAUGGAAGGUAUGCAAUACCAUAAAAAAUAUGUUGACAGUAUUUAGUAUUGUAAGAAUGUCCAAAUGAUACAUUUCUAUCGUCUUUAUCAAUAUUUGAAAUAUUGGUUGAAAUUAUAAAUACAUGUGCUACCUCUAACAAAACACAGAUCGUCAAACCAUUUGUUUUCUUCAUUCUAUCUGCAAGUUUAUGUUCUUUAAAACUCACAACAACAACAACAACAACAACAACAACAACAGCAGCAGCAGCAGCAACAAUACAAAAGAAAGAGAGAAAAAGAGUUUUGUCACCAUGAUGUGUGACGCAUUCGUGAUAAUCCUUAUUAGUUUAAAUUUCAUGACAUCACUGGGGAAUUUGGGGUUUUUGCACAAAAGUUCAGUUUGCUAUAGUAACAUUUGAUGAUAAUGGUAGAAAAUUUGGCGGUGACGGUAUACCAUUUGGUAUGCCAUUUUGUACAUGUAAUAUUGGUUCAACUUGCGGGCUUUUUGUGAUAAUGGUAUAACUUUUUUUAUAGAUAACGGUAUAACAUUUUAUGUUUAUCAGAAAGAAAAUCAUAAACAUUUAUUUACCUUUUAUCAGAUUGUUAAAUUUGUCAUGUUUUUGCACAACGUUUUAGCUAGAAAUUUACACACAGAUUUAAUAGAUAUACUCCAGCAUAGAUUGUAGAAAUGUUUGGAAAUUAGGGAAUAGAUAAAUUAUCUAAAAUAAUAAUAUUAUAUAAAAAGGCAUGUAUAAUGUUAAAGGAAAGUACAAAAAUUAAAGAAAACUACUAUGAAUUUUUACAAAAGCUGCAACAUUUUAGUGUUUCUCAUGCUAACUUGACAAACUCCCUUGUACAUCUUCUGUUAAAUCAGAAAUUUUGCGCUUGUUUGUUUGUUUCAUUUUACGCCUUUUUCCAACAGUAUUUCAGUCAUAUAGGCGAGUAGUUUCCUAACCAUCGUUCCUGGAGAGUUACACCAGUAUAGACUACCUUCCUCCGCGCUAAACUACCAAAGCAUCUCCCGGGGAUCAAACCCCUCGACCACGGAGGCGGUUUUUUGCGCUUGUGAUAAAUAACAGUAAUAAAUAAUUAGAAAGUACAAAUUGCAUAUGUCUUUUUACAUUAUUUUACUACAGUGGGAUUUAGAAAAUAUCAAAUAUUGUGUGAAAUAUUUAUUUUAAUGGUUAUGGAAUGGAAUGGAAUGAAAAAGAAAACUUUCUGCAAGAAGAAAUAUUUCAUAUAAACAAUGACACGGAACAUUGUAUGCGUGUUUUUUUCUACUUUCAUAAGUUAUUAUUUUUCGUAUUUAUUCACAAACACAUUACAUACUCAUAGAUAGAAGGGAAACAUGCACUCGUAUUUAUAUGUGAUGAAAGCCAGUUCUGGCAUACAUAAAAAAACAUGAUUAUUAUGAAAUUAGUUCUGGCAUAUCGGAAUAUCAAAAUAUAUGUAUGAAAUUACAUACCAGUAUGAAAACUGGUACAUACAUUAAAACACACUAUGUAGCAACAAGUACUGCAAUAUUUCGGAUCACAUGGUAUAAAAAAACAGUACUGGUUUGAGAACUAGUUCAAGAAUAUUUUAAAAUACAUAAUGUUCCGGCAUUAUGACAUAUAUCAAAAUACAUUGAUGAAAACCAGUACUGAAAGACAUUAAUAUAUUUGGUGUAGAAAUUAGUGCUGGCAUUUUUUUGAAAUGUGUCACUAAUCAACAUUUCAUAAUAUAAUUUUUAUGAUAACGAUGUGUCACUUAUUAACAUGAUCCACAUUUCGUAAUGAACUAUUUUAGUUAUAGAUAUUUGUUUACUAUAAUAGUUUAUAUAAACAAUCAAAAAUGUAGAAAAAAUACGCACAAAAAAGAUGCUGAUGUGAUAGUUCGGGUUAAGGUCAUUUUGUUAAAAAAAUCAGACGCAGGCGUCCAAUUAUUUAAUUUUCAAUAUUUGAUAGUCAUGGUCUAAGCCUGUGUAGUAUAUUUUUAUUAUUGUACAUAUGCAUGUUAAUACUUUAUAGAAGCUAAACUAAUUACACGUAAUUGUUUAGUUAUACUAAACUGUAAAAAAGUGUAUAAUGUAAAAAAUAAAAUACAUUAGUUUUUUGUAA